CCCCACCAACAUCCCAACGCCUCCCUCCCUGUCUCAGAGACCUGGCAUCAACGUACGUAACCGCCAUCCCAUUCUUAGCAACACACCCUCUACUAUAUAACCGCGCCGCGACGACAACACCAGGAUAGAUACGACACUCCAUCAAUAAAACACAGCCGCAUCCAUCCUGUAAUAACGUGCCGUUCCUCCGCACAAUGGCCACGAGAACAACAACAGCCAUGUCGUGUCUGUGCUACGCCCUCCUCGCCGCCACCGCCGCCGCGCUCCUCGCCACGGCCACGGCCGACCCUGCCAAGAUCGGCGUCUGCCACGGCCGCGUGGGCAGCAACCUCCCCGCGCCAGAGGCGGCCGCGGCAUUACUCAGGCAAAACGGCAUCACCAAGGCGCGGCUCUUCCUGCCAGACCCGGCAGUCCUCCCGGCCUUCGCCGCGGCCGGCAUCGACCUCACCGUCGGCGUGCCCAAAGAGAACCUCACCUACCUCUCCACCUCCGGGCCCGACGGCGCGCUGCAGUGGCUCCGCGCCAACGGCCUCGCCACCAACCCCGUCGCCGCCCGCCUCCGCUACCUCGUCGUCGGCAACGAGGUGCUCUACAACAACCAGUUCUACGCGCCGCACCUCGUCCCCGCCAUGCGCAACCUCCACGCCGCGCUGGCCGCGCUCGGGCUCGACCGCGCCGUCAAGGUCUCCUCCGCGCACGCCUCCUCCGUGCUCGCCGUCUCCUACCCGCCCUCCGCGGGCGCCUUCGACGGCGCCACCCUGGACGUGCUCCGCCCCAUGCUGCGCUUCCUCGCCGACACCGGCGCUCCCUUCAUGCUCAACGCCUACCCGUUCAUCAGCCACCUCAGCGACCCCGCCAACGUCCCGCUCGACUACGCGCUCUCCUCCUCCUCCGGCACCGCCGCCACAACCGUGGUGCGCGACGGCGCGCUGGAGUACACGGGCCUGUUCGACGCGACGGUGGACGCGGUAGCGGCGGCGUUAGAGCGGGAGGGCUUCGGCGGGGUGGCCGUGGCGGUGACCGAGACCGGGUGGCCGACGGCGGGUCACCCGGACGCGACGCCCCAGAACGCGGCGGUGUACAACGGAGGGGUGGCGGACAGGGCGGCGCGGGGAGCCGGCACGCCGCGACGGCCAGGGACGCCCGUGGAGGUGUUCCUCUUCGACCUCUACGACGAGGACGGCAAGCCAGGCGCCGAGAUCGAGCGGCACUUCGGCAUCUUCAAAGCCGACGGCACCAAGGCCUACGACAUCAGCUUCAUCUAGAUUUAGAACUUGUGUUUAUUAACUGUUCGGCGAUGUUGAUUUGUGUAUCAACUGGCUGCCGUAUCCAUGCAUUUUUCUUGGCAUUUCAAGCCUAAUCUGCUCACUCUUGAUGUAUUUCUCACUCACUUAAUUACUGGUUUGCUAUUUGCAACUGAUGAUGUCCUGAACUUGCUGUCGAA